GGAUGUCGCAGCGGCAAGAGAAGGCGGUCUCUGACCCCGUCGCGAUUCUCGACUGGUUGUGUUAUUCCAGGCGGCGGAUCGAGAAUUCUGAUCGCCAUACGCUGCCGUGGGAGGCAAGCGGAGCGCAUGCCGUUCUGGUUUUAGUGAUCCUUUGAUUGUCGAGGAGGAGUGGGGUAGUGUUCUGUUGAUUCGAUGUGGUUGAGAGGGGUUUCGAAAGGGAACAUUUUUUUUAUUUAGUUGUUGCUUUUUAUGGUAGAAGAUCUCUCUUUUCACUUUGGGCGGUUGCUUGUUGAUCGGGUUUAGCAAAUGUGCAAUUUGUCUUCACAAGAAUGUCGGUGUUCGGCGAUCGGGUUCUUGCUUCGAGUAUCGUCUGCAUUUAGAUAGUUCCUGAAUAUGAAAAUUUGUUGAUUUGGAGAUUGAGGGGAUCUUGAUUGGAAAAUUCAUUCUUUCGACUUGGAUCUGCUGUGUUGUUGUGCUUUCGUUAUCUGAGAUUUUGGUGGUUUGAGAGGAGAAGAAAGUUUGUUCUUUGCAGCCUUGAAGGUUCUGUGGGCUUUGAUAGCUCUGCGAUGGUGAACGGGAGCCUUUUCCACUUCAGGAAAAGUUCAUGGCCUGCGGAGGAGUAUGUCAACAAAGCCACUUUGCAGUUGCUGGACUUUGAUGGAGGCGCUCCACCAGAACAUGCAUGGAGGAGAAGGCUAAAUAGUCAUGCUAAUAGAUUAAAGGAAUUCAGUGUGACAUUCAUGGAGGCAAUUAAAAUGCUACGACUUGGUGUUCGCCUUUGGUCAUAUGUCAGAGAAGAAGCUUCACAAGGAAGGAAAGCACCAAUUGAUCCUUUCACAAGAGAACAAUGUAAACCUUCAGCUUCUCAAGGUGUGCCACUUGGAGGAAUGGGAAGUGGUAGCAUCUCAAGAGGUUUUAGAGGGGAAUUCAAACAUUGGCAAAUUGUUCCUGGUUCAUGUGAAACGUCCCCAGUUAUGGCAAAUCAGUUCUCUAUUUUUAUAUCACGAGAAGGGGGAAACAAGAAGUACUCAUCUGUUUUAGCCCCUGGACAUCAUGAAGGAUUAAAGAAAAAUGGUGAUCUUGGCAUAUCCGCAUGGGACUGGAACUUGACUGGUCAGCACUCAACAUAUCAUGCUCGGUUCCCUAGGGCAUGGACUGUUUAUGAUGGUGAACCAGAUCCUGAUCUAAAAAUCUCAUGUCGCCAAAUAUCACCAUUUAUACCUCAUAAUUAUCGUGAAAGCAGUCUUCCCACAGCUGUAUUUGUUUACACACUAGUUAACUCUGGACGGGAAAGAGCAAAAGUUAGUCUUCUGAUGACCUGGGCGAAUUCUAUUGGAGGAGUAUCUCAUCAUAGUGGUGGACACAUUAAUGAGCCAUUCAUAGGAGACGAUGGAGUGACCGGGGUACUUCUACAUCACAAGUCUGCAAAAGACACCCCUCCUGUGACAUUUGCUAUGGCUGCAUGCCAAACCCAAAAUGUCACUGUGACAGUUUUACCAAGUUUUGGACUUACUGGGGAAGAUUAUCCCACAGCCAAGGAUAUGUGGGGCAAGAUGGUGCAAGAUGGACAAUUUGAGAUGGAGAAUUUUAAUACUGGCCCCAGCAUGCCGUCUUCUACAAGUGAUACACUUUGUGCAGCAGUUUCAGCCUCUACAUGGAUUGAACCACAGGGCAGGUGCACCAUUGUAUUCGCUUUAGCUUGGUCAUCACCUAAAGUGAAGUUUCAGAAGGGAAGUGCAUAUCAUAGGAGAUAUACGAAAUUUUAUGGUACCUCUGAGAGGUCAUCAGCUGUUAACUUGGUUCAUGAUGCAUUAAAGAACUAUAAGUGGUGGGAGGAAGAGAUUGAAAAAUGGCAAAAUCCAAUACUGCAGAAUGAAAAGCUUCCUGAAUGGUAUAAGUUCACCCUUUUUAAUGAGCUCUAUUUUCUAGUUGCCGGCGGCACUGUUUGGACAGAUGGUGAGCCUCCAACAAUCGAGGAGAAAGAAAAUUCAGGCUCUAGUCACAACAAAUCUGUGAAAAGUAAAGAUCAGCAAUCUGUUUUCAAAGGUAAACACAUUAAUUUGGUUGUGGAGCAGACUUUCGCAGAAAGAAACACGAUGAAUGAAAGAAUUCUAUCACCAACUUCAGUAUUACCAGAUAUGGCAGAUAUGGUAUAUGGCGACGAUAACACUGACAAUGUUGGCAGAUUUUUGUACUUGGAAGGAGUAGAGUACAUUAUGUGGUGCACAUACGAUGUGCACUUUUAUGCAUCUUUCGCUCUUUUGGAUCUCUUCCCCAAAAUAGAGCUGAGCAUUCAACGUGAUUUUGCUAAUGCUGUGUUGCACGAGGACAGGAGGAAAGUCAAGUUUCUGGCUGAUGGCACCUGGGGAAUUCGCAAAGUCAGAGGCGCUGUUCCUCAUGAUUUAGGAACACAUGAUCCAUGGAGCGAGAUGAAUGCCUACAAUAUCCAUGACACCAGUAAAUGGAAGGACCUUAAUUCGAAGUUUGUGCUCCAAGUGUAUAGGGAUUUUGCUGCGACGGGUGACAUGUCUUUUGGAAAGGAUGUGUGGCCUGCAGUUUGUGCCGCCAUAGAUUACAUGGAUCAGUUUGACCGUGAUGGUGAUGGCCUGAUCGAGAAUGAUGGGUUCCCAGAUCAGACAUACGAUGCAUGGACGGUACACGGUAUCAGUGCGUAUUGUGGUUGUCUUUGGCUCGCUGCUCUUGAAGCUGGAGCAGCAAUGGCCCAACGCCUCGGAGACCGUGCUUUUGCUGAAAAAUGCAAGAUCAAAUUUUUGAAAGCCAAACCUGUGUUCGAAGCAAAGUUGUGGAACGGUUCCUAUUUCAACUAUGACAGCGGAAGCAGCAGCAACAGCCGUUCGAUACAAGCUGAUCAACUGGCUGGUCAGUGGUAUACUGCUUCUUCAGGGCUGCCCUCACUCUUUGAUGAAGUUAAGAUCCGACACACUCUGCAGAAGAUAUUUGAGUAUAAUGUGAUGAAGGUGAGGGGAGGACGCAUGGGAGCAGUCAAUGGAAUGAAACCAAACGGGAAGGUGGAUAACUCCUGCAUGCAAUCCCGUGAAAUUUGGACUGGUGUGACAUAUAGCUUGGCGGCCACCAUGCUUCUUCAUGGAAUGGAGCAUCAAGCUUUUGCAACUGCUGAAGGAAUUUUCAUCACGGGUUGGUCCGAGGAAGGAUUCGGGUACUGGUUUCAAACUCCUGAAGGAUGGACAACAGAUGGUCACUAUCGGUCACUGAUCUACAUGCGACCACUUGCUAUUUGGGCGAUGCAAUGGGCCUUGUCGCCUCCAAAGGCAAUCUUGGAAGCUCCUCAAAUAAAUAUGAUGGACAGGAUGCUCAUAGCGGCCCUCAACAUGAGGUCAGUUCAUGAGACUGGCGUACGGAAAAUUGCACCCAAAAUUGGCUGUUUCAGCAACUCUGUGUUUCACUGCGACUGCUGAGCAACGGCGAGGCAGCUUUCUUAGUGUAGUGCAAGGAUUAUCCUUGUUAUUUAUUCCUUGAAUCCCCUGCAAAGAGCAUCAUGAGUUGGAAGUUCUUUAGCAGGUGAGAAUAAUAACUUGCGGUAGGGAAAGGCCGAUGUAAUUGGUAGCUGUAAAAAACCCAUGGUGUCUGAAAUUUAUCAAAUGUACAGCGACAAGUUCAAUCAAUUUUGCAUCAAAUCAUGUUCAUAUC